GCAACAGUCAACGGGUAUGCUAACGCUUUCGGCCACGUCAUGGCCACGAUGUGCGCUUCUGCUUUCAACGUUACAGCUGGUAAAAACCAAGUACCAAAUAAAGGGGGAAAAAAGGCAUGCAAGGUUCUUGUUUAUGUAUUUUGUGUUAUUUGUCACGUGGCGGCGAUAAAUGUUGGGUGGCUAUUCAUCUAUAAAACACUGCGCAGCAAAGUGUAUGGCAACAAAACAGUUUAAUCAUUCGUUCACCAUACAUCUACAGGAGAAGUUCAUUAAAAAAAACCUAAAAUGUUCAAGUUUUUCGCUUUCGUACUUAUGGUUCUUGCUUCUGUCGCCAAUGCCGAGCCUAAGCCUAAGCCCAGCGUGCUGGCGUACUCAGCGCCGGUGCUCCCUAUCGCGCCCUCAGCUGCCAUUUACACCCGGGAGUACCAUGGAAACUUUGCUGCGCCCUAUGUUGCUGCGCCCUACAUAGCCGCAGCUGCCCCAGCUCCGUACGUCGCCUCGCCAUAUGUAGCCUCACCAUAUUUCGCGGCGCCUUACGCUCCUGCCUACACUGCACCGCUGCUGUUGAAGAAGUGAUUGCUGUGAAGUUUUGUAGUGAACUAAGAUAACUUUUAUUAAAAUGAUAACGAUAGAAAGUUUUACGAUAUAUACAAUAUAUAUAUUUUUUUUCAAUAAAAAGAAAUGAUGUUUUUUAAAUAAACAGAAAUUA